GCUCACCAACCAACCAGUUCACUGUAUCACUGUACAGCAUCAGCUACUGGAGAGAGAGAGAGAGAGAGAGAGAGAGAGAGAGAGGCAGCCGGCUGAAAGCUCAGCAGAAACACGGACAGUCUUCUUCCACAACUCUCACUGGAGAGGAACGAACCAACACAGUGAAGCUCCUCGACUCUCCGUUUACAGCUUGAUGAUUUCUCCUGCAGUGUGUUUGUGUUUGGAUUAAGUUUCCACGUCAUUUGGAGGAGCGAACAUGAGGAGAACUGUGGGAUCCCGAGGAUGAGGAUGAUGAAGAUGAUGAUGCUCCUCCACAAUGAACGCAGAUUUUCAAAAUCCACUGCAAGUCCCUCGACCAAAGGUUCGCAGUCACCUGACCAUCAAAGUGCAGUCCAAGCUGAUGUCCAGGCCGUGUCCCCCUGUCCGUGGUCCAAAACCUCUCGUCGCCCCCAAGCCCCUGUAUGAGCCACCAGAGGAGCCCUGCCUGAGUAACGGAGACCUGGCUCACUCUGAUGGGGAGACGGAGGAUCUCCAUGAGAUGGCUGAGGAGAACCACGACAAAGAGGAGAAAAGUGAGGCAGAGGAUGGAGUUAAUGACAAAGAGGACGUAGCGGAAGGAGAAACUGAGGAAAAAGAAGUAGAUGUAUUAGAUAAUGACGGCGACAGCGUUGGCUCUGAGGACACAGUCAAAGCAGGUGAUGGUUCUACUGUUGACACUACUGAGGAUGAAAACACUGACAAUGACUUGAACCAGUCUGAAGGCGGCAAUCACACUGAUGAUGAGAAUACGUCAACGCCUUCACUUCCUCCUGCUGAGGAAGAAGCAGGAGAAGAGGAACAGACUUUUAGUGACAUAGUUUGUGGCUCUACAGGACGCUCAGACGAACGUGUAGAGGAACUUAAUCUCGAUCAAACACAAUCACUCAGUCAGGGUGAUGAGGACAAUGAUACUGGACUAGUGGAACAAAGUGAGGACUGUGAUUUACACGCAGAUGAGACGGAGCUGGAAGCUGGAGGAUUUGCGUUUGGAUUCUGCGUGCUUCCAACUGUAACCGAGGAGUAUCCCUACGAUGUGAUCGGCCCCACAGAUGAUGCCAGUGACACGUGCGAGUCAUGUGACACAGUUGAAACAGGGGAAACGGGGGUAUGGCAACCAGAACGGGCCACCAAGGACCUCUCUGGCUGUUUCAGAUUCACAUCCAGCACCGAGGACGUGUUCGGGCCUUAUUCGGUCAUUGAAUCUCUUCCGCCGGGUAUGACGGCCACCGCCGACCCAGAGUGGAGUCAGGACGAUGCUGAUGACAAACCGGCAGAUGAGCUGCAAACGGCAAGUGCUUCUAACCAGGAACCUUUCUAUGUGUCAUCAGAUGACGUGGACAAGCUGGAGGAUAAGCAAGUCCUCUCAGAGCAGGGUGAGAUUGAGGAGAUCACCGAGCAGCUGAAUCAGCACACAGACAAAGGAAAGGAUGGUGAUUCAACAGAUGAGUACGCAGACAUUGACGAUUCACUCAUUCAAGCAGGGGACGAACAGCUGGAGUGUGUCUCAUCGGAGGAUUACGUCGAGAUAGGCGAUGACGACGACGAAGAGGAAGAAACGGAAAAGAAACACAUCAGAGGGAAAAGUGCAAAAGAGAGAACGGCUAAACGAGAGCAGGCGUUCCUCAGCAAGCGGGUGAGCUGCCAGCCUCGCCUCCGGCUGUGCAACAUCACGGUGCCAGUGGACCUAGACGCGGGCCGCACCCCGGAGCUCACCAACAGGGUGGUGUUCGCCCACACCACCGAGGCCUUUGAGGAAGACAUUGAGGAACUAGACUGCCAUAUUGUGCCUUACUACGAGGACACAGACUCGGACAGCGAGGAGCACAUAUACGAAGAGGCGGGGUUUGACUCAGAAGGGGAGAACUUUAUGACGCUUGAUCGGAAGACGAUCGUCACGCGAUCGCGCUCUUAUUCUGGGAAAGUUCCAGGUUAUGUCCCAGAAACUGUACCAGAGGAGACGGGGACGGAGUACCAGACUCACGACUACUGCACAGUGGCCUUAGAUAAAAACAACGAACCACUUAGCCAUUCACAGCCGCCUGGGAUCAACUGUUUGAUCCCGUCUACCAAGUCUCGCCGCUUCUUGUUUUACUCCCGGUCUUCAGAGGGUCCAGAAUUGACCUUGAACACCCCAUCAGAGAUCAACCGCUCUCUGAACGAUGACAUCAGGAUGAAGAGGAAAGACGAUACCCUUUCGCUCCCGUGUGUCAUAACCUCCUCUGGAAGCUUCUCCCAGCGUAGCCUUCGAUCAUCCAGUGGUGUUUCCACGCCAACCUCUCUAGUGGACAUCCCGCCGCCGUUCGAACUGGCAUACAUCACUAAAAGACCAGUCACCAAGAGUUCCCCGUCCCUUCUGAUCCAGCAUGAACCCAGUGACAUACCUCAGAAGAAGAAGUCCUCCUUCAAGCGUUUCCUGGCGCUCAAGUUCAAGAGGAAGUCAGAUUCAAAGGGUUUUAGCGAUGGAAGUGUCCGCUCUUCGCGUUCUUCCUCCGAGUCCAGCCACCACGGCCCAGGAAGAGUCAUAGAGCUGGAUCGUAGAAGCACCGGCAGCUCUCCUCAGCUCCAUAACCACAUCGUGAACCCCCAGCAGCGCCCUUUAGAACUGCCGUCCCCCUUCAUCCUCUACAAAGACCACCAGAGGAGGAAAGCUUACGGCAGGGGCGUCUCCAGAGUGGAGUCCUUCGAGGAGCGUUCUCGGCGCUCCGCCAUGCCGCUGCCUUUGACCAAACCGCGCUCCAUCUCCUUCCCCAGUGCGGACACCUCAGACUAUGAAAACAUCCCAGCAAUGAGCUCAGACUACGAGAACAUCCAGAUCCCAAACAGACCCACCAGGUCCCACACUGUGACAGAGUUUUUUGAGGACCCAAAUCGCGCUACAGUUGCCUGCAAUGAGAAUGAUGGCUAUGUGGAUAUGAACAGCUUUGGGAUUGACAGCAUAACCCAGACAUCGAAAGAAGACACUGAAAGUGCCUACACAGAGCCUUUCCCAAUGAACACUGUCUCUGCUGGGCUGUCGGCGGACGAGGACCACGGGCGUACUUCAGAGGAGGAAGAGGGUGCGGCUGAGCAGAGCUAUGACCGACAGAUUGAUGGCCGAUCCCGGGCCUUCUAUGUCGCCAAAGAGCUCGUCGACUCAGAGAGACUACACGUCAGCGCCCUCAAGUACCUUCAAGAGGACUUUAGGUCCGCGGUGACGGAGGAGGCGGCGGCGGUGGGUGAUGAGGAGGAGGAGCCUGUGCUGGAGGAGCAGAGGUUAGGAGAGAUAUUGGGCGUGCUCCCCCAGGUCUACACCCUCCACAGCAGCAUCCUCACCGAACUGGAGGAACGCAUUAGUCAGUGGGAGGAGAGCCAAAGGGUGGUAGAUGUCAUCCUGUCACGUCGGGAGGACUUUGGGGUGUUUGACACUUUCAUCUCAGAGUAUGAUCGCAGCAUGUCCUUACUGGAGGAGAGCUGCAGGGACAACCACGCCUUUGCCAACGUCGUCAAGAAAUUUGAGACAAAAAGCCCAGAGGAAGCUGAAGUCCCACUGAAACACCAGCUGCUGCAGGUUAUAGUGAGAGUGCUUCAAUAUCGAAUGCUACUCACAGAUUACCUGAACAACCUUUCUCCUGAUUCUAAAGAAUACGAGGACACGCAAGCUGCCUUGGUGAUCGUGUCCGAGGUGGCAGAUCAGGCCAAUGACAAUCUGAAACAGGGGGAGAACCUGCUGCGUCUGGUCCACAUAGAGUACAGCGUUAAAGGCAAGAGGGACCUCCUGAAGCCCGGAAGGAUGUUUGUCAAAGAGGGCACACUCAUGAAGGUCUCGAGGAAAAGCAGGCAGCCCCGACACCUGUUUCUGAUGAACGAUAUAAUGCUGUACACCUACCCUCAGCAGGAUGGAAAAUACAGGCUUAAGAACACACUAUCUCUGUCUGGGAUGAAGGUGAGCAAACCACUCCUAGACAACGUGCUGAACUGUCUUAAGAUUGAGGUGUCUGACAUCACUAUUACACUCUCAGCCAGUUCAGUUGGAGAGCGGGAGGACUGGUUCCACACAUUGAGUCGAGCCAUAGCGGACCAUGCAGCAGGACUCUGUACGUUUGGUGGACCCUGCAGUGAGGCCCGUGAGAAGUUGUGGAUGGCGCUGGGCGAGGCUGCUCCUGUACUGGUGCCAGUUUCUCAUGCGAUGAUGUGCAUGAACUGCACCUCUGACUUCAGCCUUACGCUGAGACGACAUCACUGCAACGCCUGCGGCAAGGUGGUGUGCCGAGCUUGUUCCAGGAACAGAUACCCACUGAAGUACCUCAAAGACAGAGUGGCCAAAGUGUGUAACCACUGCUAUGCCGAGCUCAGGAAAAGAGGUGGCAGCGUGUCGGGUGCGUGCGGUAACUCCAGCCCUCGGACUCACCGGGCCAGCCGUCCCCUCUCUGCCGUCUUCCAGAGCCUGCAGCCCCCGAGUUUGUGGAAGAGCAGGAAGAGCACUUCCCCUUUCAACCAGGUGUCGCUUACUGUGGAAGGAUCCACCAUGAGUGGCAGCCUGCAGCGCCGGAAGAAGAGCAAGAGGAAGUGGAAGCGGCUCUGGUUCCUCCUCAAAGACAAGGUGCUCUACACCUUCACGGCCCGUGAGGAUAAAGUGGCUUCAGAGAGUGUACCUCUGCAGGGCUUCACCGUCAAGCUGACCGAGAGGCCGGAGGGAGAGGAAAGCAGCAACGUGUUUCAUCUCUACCACAAGAAAACCCUGUACUACACCUUCAGGGCCGACGAUCCACACACCGCGCGCAGAUGGGUCAACGCCAUGGAGGAGGCUACCGUUUUAUAACACCUGCUCAGUUCAAUGAACACGUCCUGCUGUCUGUGACAACAUAGCUACCUGCUGCUUCUCAACUCAGACCAUCAGUGAGAAUUCAUCACAUCUGACCUGUUUGUGGAAUAUCAUGUGAAAUUUAAUCACCUAGACAAGGCUGCCAUCCAGUGGUAGGAAGGUCAAACUGGGGGAUGACGCUGUGUGGAAAGGAGAAGUGGAAACCUCUUGUUGGAUCUAACAUAAUGAAACCUCCAUGGUUCCCCCUUUGUGCUGAUUCAACCGAGUUCACAGGAGCCUUCACUUUUUAUGGAUACAUCAAAUACGUCAUCCAAAAGAACAUUUAAUUCCCUCUGUUUCACCUUUUUACAACAACCAUCUCACCAAAAAAAGUUCUCCAAGCUGUAUUUUGGUAUCUUUUACCUGACGUUCCACUGGAUUAUUAUUAAACCACUCUUUCGGGUUCUGCAGGAGAGCGUCACAUCCUUCAUUUUUUAUACGUGAGACAGUUACAUCCUGUGAUGGGUAUAACAUCACGAGUUGCUCCAUAGUCGUAUUCGCAGCUAGUAAAAAUGGAAAAUAUUGGUCACCGAUUUAGAGAGAUAUUCUGAAUAUAUAUUGUGAGAUAUACACUGAAGUGAAUUAUAGGAUUUGUUUGUAUAGAAAUGGUGUUACAUGAUGUUCUGAGUGGGAGGUCGUUAAUCAUCCCGGUGUGUGUGUACAUUAUAUUUCUUGUGGAGUUUUACUAUGAUAUUGAAAGCUAUGGAAUGACCCUCAGCAUGACAACCACUCAACAGUAUUUCUAAGGAUGAACACUUUCAAAGAUACUUUGCAUUUGAAUCUGUAGGUUUUAAAAAAUAUACGUCAAGUGCCAAUAUCUUCCGGUUGAAUGCAGUGCAAUUUGCAAUUGAUGAUGAAUGUGCCUGAAAUGAAAUUGUACUCCUUGUUCGUCUUUAUAUGAUCAAAGUACUGUAUUACUGUCAUGUCUCCAGAAGAGACCGCUUUUUAUCUACUCUUAUAUACCUUCUAGUAUUUUUUUUUAACAGUUCGGUUACAGUCCAGUACCAUAAGAAUAUACUAUUGUGCCAUUUUUAUUAAUGUUUUUUUUUCAUGCUGUAUAUUCACUGCUGGAUUAAAUCACACUUAAUGGAAACGGCUGGAACAGAAAAAAAGCCAUCGUCAUACUACCUAUAAACUGCAAGCGUUAAGAGUCAUCUGAAGUAGUGUGACACUGGACUCUUCUCUACUGUUACUAACAUCCAUAGUUUCUCUUAAAUAACCUACCUAAAGGCAGAAUGCAGCUGUACUACUUUCACCCGUCAAACCACAUUAUUUCUACAGCACACAUUUCUUCUUCAUCAAGUACUGUUCAGCUUUUCUACCUGUUUCUUAUGUGCCAUACCUACAGUAUAGCGUUAUUAUUAUUAUGGAUUGUACCUCUUGCAUAUAGUUCAUUGUAAAUGUUUAUGUAUAUAGAUACAUAUAAAAAUAAACGCCUUUAAAACUUAA